AUGACAACCCAAUCCAAUGAGCCAACUACACCGACUACCAAUCAGUGGACGGACACAAUUAGUGAAUCGUCCGCGAGCGAUUCAAUGACAACCCAAUCCAAUGAGCUAAGUACAUUGACUACCAAUCCAUCGACUGGCACAAAUAGUGGUUCGGCAACGAGUGUUUCAAUGACAACCCAAUCCAAUGAGCCAACUACACCGACCACCAAUCAGUGGACGGACACAAUUGGUGGAUCGUCCGCGAGUGAUUCAAUGACAACCCAAUCCAAUGAGCUAACUACAUUGACUACCAAUCCAUCGACUGACACAAAUCGUGGUUCGGCAACGAGUGUUUCAAUGACAACCCACUCCAAUGAGCUAACUACAUUGACUACCAACCCAUCGACUGAAACAAAUAGUGGUUCGGCAACAAGUGUUUCAAUGACAACCCAAUCCAAUGAGCCAACUACACCGACUACCAAUCAGUGGACGGUCACAAUUAGUGGAUCGUCCGCGAGUGAUUCAACGACAAGCCAAUCCAAUGAGCUAACAACAAAAAAUACCAAUCCAUCAACGGACAGCGAUUCAACGACCAGUGAUCUGAUGACAACCAAAUUGAAUGAGCCAACUACACCAACAACCAAUCCAUCGACGAAAAUAGACAGUACCACGUCACAAACAACAUCUUAUCAGUCCAGUGGUCAUUGGACUACACAACAGACGCCAAUUGUUACUCAUAUUAGUUCUGGUAUAACGACACCAGGUAAUUACUUAAAUUCAAUUACUAAUUAUUUCUCUGAUUAA